AAGAGGAAAAGGAAAGAUUCCAGUCGCAGUGCAAUGGAACCAGCAGCCCCAAACGCCACCGCGAGAGCGUGCUUCGCCUCACGGGGAAGAUGGCAGAAACGGGGAACCGGUACCGCCCAGUAUUUGUCAGGAGGAAAGUGGGGAAGACGUAGAUUUGGAGAACCUGGACCGCUGCAUCGUGCAGUUCACGGUCGGAGGAGACGAUCAGGCCAGCCCUGCUGAACCCAUCGUGCUGUCCAGCGAUGAUGAGGAGAGCGGCGUUGUUUCUCAGGCCAUCCAUACGUUGGCCAGUGUGAAAGACACGGUAAUACAGGGACAGUCCUCAGUGAAAGCUGCCAGACAACGAGCGUCCCACAUAGAGGACAUGCAGGUGCUGCAAGUCGAUGCCGGAGAGGUUCCUCACUCAGUGACAGGUUGUCUGAGCUACUCCUGCAUGGGCUUGGCCUUCUCCGCUCUGCACUGUGGAGGUUACCAGGGGAAAGCGAACGGAGGCAUCGUGAUAGCAGAGGAAAAAAUCAUGAUACCACUGACAGACGCUAGCGAGCAGUUUGCGCUGGUCUUGAGCUUCGAGCGGAAGGAGCUGAGGAGGUACAGCGUUUGGGAGAAGCAGGAGCUGGAGGCACGACAGAUUCGCUUCAGCGACGACGACGAGCCCUGUCCUGCCACCGUCCUGCUGCUGUGUUUGUCGGAAACCGCUGCUGCUGAAAUCCAGGAGGACCUCAGCCAUCUGUGCGCCAACUACAAUGGAGACGCAGACGCUGGGAAAGCCAGCCCAUUCGUCCUGCUGACUCUCAAAGAUCCUCUGGAGGGGAUGGAGGGAGCGUUGCUGCGCUCUUUACUGGACAUUGACUGCCUCAAUAGUCUGGCACACGGAGAAGCUAUCCUAACCUGCGACAUGGACAGAGUGAGCGGUUUGAAAGACGACCACUCUCCUGUUCUUUCUCUGGAUGACAGCUUGGAGCUGAUCAGAAGAACUGGGCUGGACUCCCACCUGCUCUCCAUGCUGGGCGUGACGAGCACCGACCCCCAACUCAACGAAGACACGAGCGGUUCGCAUUCUGACGGAGACAAAAGCCUCGUAACGCACGCCGAGCGGGAGGAGGAGUCACCGAAGGAGUCGGAGUCGGAGCCGGAACCAGAGCAGGAAACGGAACUGAACCCAAAGGAGGAUCAGAAGGAACAAGAGCCGGAACCUGCCGCUGAUAAGAAGAAGGAGGAGCCCAGUCCUGCAUACACACUGUGCCAUCGUAGAACCAAAGGAUGCUACUCUGUGUCGCUGUGCAAACCAGACUCCAGCUGGACUAAAUAUAAACAUCAGGGUUUGGCCCGCAGGUUGAUCCAGUUUCCGCCUCCGCCUUUGAAAGGAGGAAUAUCGGUAACAAUGGAGGACCUGCAGUGCCUUGACAGUGGACAGUACCUCAAUGAUGUCAUCAUUGACUUUUACCUCAAAUACCUCCUCCAGAACGCGUCUGCCGCCGUGGCCGAGCGCUCCCACAUCUUCAGCAGCUUCUUCUACAAGCAGCUGACACGGAGGGACAACGCCAGCGAAGGCGCCAACAGCGACUCCUGUCAGCGGCAGAGACGACACCAGCGGGUGAAGACGUGGACGCGACACGUGGACAUCUUCAAAAAAGACUUCCUGUUUGUGCCCGUCAAUCAGGAGGCUCACUGGUAUUUAGUCGUCAUUUGCUUUCCUGGACUGGAGGAGCCUAAAAUCGAGGCCUGGACGGAUUCAGAAUCGCAGAAGGGAAAAAGCCACAGCGGGACAAGCGAGUCACAGCGUCAAGAUGAGGCCCAAGGAAGUAAAAGCACGAGUGAAAAUGCAGAGACGCCACCUACGUUAAACCGCAGUGACGCUGUGGAGCCAGAGACAGGUGUUUCAGAAAAUGCUCCAAAAGAACCCACCAAAGAGCCACCACCUGGUCCAGUAAACUGCACAGAGCUGACAUGCAAGAAAAAGACAGUUUGCAAGAGGCCGUGUAUUCUCAUCAUGGAUUCUCUCAAACUUUCUCUUCACGAGCGAGUAGUCAAGCUCUUAAGAGAGUACUUGCAGUCAGAGUGGGAGGUCCGUCGCGGUUCAUCGAGGGAGUUUGGUCCCGAUCAGGUGAAAAGCUCACACUGCCAAGUCCCCCUUCAGGACAACAGCAGCGACUGCGGCCUCUACCUCCUUCAGUACGUCGAGUGUUUUUUGAAGGACCCUGUGGUGCACUUCGACCUCCCUCUACGUCUACGACGAUGGUUUCCACGGCAGCAGGUUCGAAGGAAACGAGAUGAAAUCAGAGAUCUGAUCCUGAACCUUCACCGAUAUCAGAACCUGGACGAAGCGUGAGAGCGGCUCCACUGCUGCGUCACAUUCCCGUAGCCGUCGUUAAUCACUGCUCAUACUGAGCAACGGACAAUUCAGCCUGAACUGAAAGCAUUUUCUUGAAGCUAGAGUCUGUUCUUUUCUACAGCGACCUGAACAAAACACGUAAACCUUGGACUAUCUGUGGGUCUGUUGGUGAAUAAUUAAAACCAACACGUUCCUGUCCAUCAAACUGCAGAGGCUUAAAGUGAACAUGCAAAUGUUUGUACACCCCGAGACUUUUUACCGAUUGCUUUUUCUGAGGAAUAUUUUACAAAAAGGGAGUAUUUGUAUUUAUUUUUUUUAUGUAGGGACACUGAGAAGAGUGUAGCAAUGGUAAAUCACACUUUGUACAGAAGAAUCAGUUUUAGAUGAGUUUAUUUGCUUUUCUGGCGUUUUAUGUAAUGUCUAGCUAACAGUUCAGUUCUCAGCCAUGAAUUUCCCAGUGACAGCAGUUUUACCGGCUCCGCAUUCAGUCCGUGGAAGUUUCCAGAAACAAACUAGUAAAGCCUCAGGCCUGUGCCUCACUCUGUUAUCCCGUCAGCCUCUUGCAUCAAAGCUAAACUCAGCGUCCGACUGCAUAUCUGCGAUCUUAGACCCAAAGAUAACAGUGGGACGCUGCGAUGUCAGCUGACAACAAAAUAACAGACCAAAUCUACAGGGUGUCGAAAAAAAAUGUACAAUGGGAGUGACUACAUCCUCAAGAGAAAAUGAUGCUUCAUAAGGUGUAUUUUGGACAUAAAAUGUUUUAUUCUGCAAAUUUCAAAUGAAAAACUCUGGGGAAUGGUAAUUUUAUAAUGUUCCAGAAUCAUUACAGAUGUUGAAUGUGUGCGCUGCUUCUAAAAGUUCUGAAAGUGACGGCCGUCCACAUCCUUUUUUCCCCACACAAACGGGAUUCCUCUUGAAGCCGCUUAUGCCACGUCCAAAUCUGCUUUCCCGUUGGCGCUUGUUUAUGAAAUUUUCUAACAGAUUCACGUUGUGCGUUCACAUGUGACUGACUUUGGGCGUCCUUUCACACACACAACGUCUUUUCUGUUGCAGUAAACGGCACGUCCAUUCCUGAAAGCAGAAAAGUACAAGUGAUUACACUUUUCUGAGCAAAAAGAGCAACCAACUUUUAAGCAAUUCUUCAAUUUUUUUGGGACACCCUGUAAUUGUUAAAUUACCAGUGCAGCCUACUGUAUACCAUCACUGACGCCAUCAGCCGACCCUUUCUUGUAAAGCAGUAGCUUCUGUAGACACAGUAAUUAUAAUGUAAAGAAACACUUUGGUGGAAAAUGUGGGUGAACAGGUUUUCUUUCACGUCAUCUAAACUAUAGAAAGGUGUGUGCUGUCAUCAGUCAAACUACUUCCUUUUAAAGAUAUAAGAAUCUAGAUUGAAUUUAGCAUGAAUGUGGCUCGCUACAAGUUGAGGGGUGAACACGCACUGGCAUGUUACCGUUUGUUCCUGAAUGAAGACCCUUUAUGACCCACGACACGUUCAAGUCCUCCACUACUGUUGCCUAAGUUCUCCCCGGCAGAGAUCGAUCUGGAUAGUCUCGUAGUUUUCCCCCUUUUUGUUCAGAAGUUUUUGUCUCUUAACGCCUACUAAUGUCUUCAAUGCAAAGUUUUUUUAGACGUGUUUUGAAUGUACAGGUACUGAUGCCAAGAUUCCUUUGGUUUCAAUGUCGUAUUAAAGUAUACAGAAGAAACUUCA